AUGCUUCCUGACAGGCCGCACACCGCACUCAGCGGCGGAACGUGGGCGGGGCUCCCCCGCCCCCUCCGGGCAGGGGGCGGGACCGGCGGCAGAGGGCGGACUCCGCCCCGGGGGAGGGGCCGGUCGACAGCGGCGCGUUGCUGUGCCGCACGUGUGCGAGCCCGGCGGCUGGUGAGUCAACCCAAACGCUGCGGGCCCCAGGCGUGGACAGAGCUGCUUAUGUCCAGCUGCCAUCGCAGCUGGUUCUUCCGAGUGACCCUCGCAGCCGCCUCCCUUCUGCGCCGGGAGCAGCGCGCCCGCCCCCUCGCCGCCCGGCCCGCGCCGCGCCCGCGUUCUCAGGCCCUUGGUACCUGCAACAUCACAGAACUAUACUCUGACUUCGUUGUUCAUGAAAUAGGAAAAGAUGGACGGAUCAGCCAUUUGGAUGACUUGUCUGUCCCAGUGGAUGAGGAGGAUCCUUCAGAAGAUGUAUUUACAGUUUUGACAGCUGAAGAAAAGCAGCGUUUAGAAGAGCUCCAGCUUUUUAAAAAUAAGGAAACCAGUGUUGCCAUUGAGGUUGUUGAGGACACCAAAGAGAAAAGAACCGUCAUCCAUCAAGCGAUUAAAUCUCUGUAUCCAGGAUUAGAGACAAAAACAGAGGAUAGAGAGGGGAAGAAAUAUAUUGUAGCCUACCAUGCUGCUGGACAGAAGGCUCUGGCAAAGGUCAGAACUGCAGCAGAUCCAAGAAAACAUUCUUGGCCAAAGUCUAGGGGAAGUUACUGCCACUUUGUACUGUACAAAGAAAACAAAGACACCAUGGAUGCUAUUAAUGUACUGUCUAAAUAUUUAAGAGUCAAGCCAAACAUAUUCUCCUACAUGGGAACCAAAGAUAAAAGGGCCAUUACUGUUCAAGAAAUUGCUGUUCUCAAAAUAACUGCACAAAGACUUGCCCACUUGAACAAGUGCUUAAUGAACUUUAAGCUGGGGAAUUUCAGCUAUCAGAAAAGCCCUCUGAAACUAGGAGAGCUUCAAGGGAAUCACUUCACUGUUGUUCUCAGAAAUAUAACAGGAACUGAUGACCAAGUACAACAUGCCAUGAACUCUCUCAAGGAGAUUGGAUUUAUUAACUACUACGGAAUGCAAAGAUUUGGAACUACAGCCGUCCCCACAUAUCAAGUUGGAAGAGCUAUCCUACAGAACUCCUGGGCUGAAGUCAUGGAUUUAAUAUUGAAACCCCGUUCUGGAGCCGAAAAGGGGUACUUGGUAAAAUGCAGGGAAGAAUGGGCGAAGACCAAAGACCCAGCUGCUGCCCUCAGAAAACUACCUGUCAAAAGGUGUGUGGAAGGGCAGCUGCUUCGAGGACUUUCAAAAUAUGGAAUGAAGAAUAUAGUCUCUGCAUUUGGCAUAAUACCAAGAAAUAAUCGCUUAAUGUAUAUUCAUAGCUAUCAAAGCUAUGUGUGGAAUAACAUGGUGAGCAAGAGGAUAGAAGAAUACGGACUGAAACCUGUUCCAGGAGACCUGGUUCUCAAAGGAGCCACAGCCACCUAUAUUGAGGAAGAAGAUGUUCAUAAUUACUCCAUCCAUGAUGUUGUAAUGCCCUUGCCUGGUUUUGAUGUUAUCUACCCAAAGCAUAAAAUUAGUGAAGCCUACAGAGAAAUGCUCACAGCAGACAAUCUUGAUAUUGACAACAUGAGACACAAAAUCAGAGAUUAUUCCUUAUCAGGGGCCUACCGCAAGAUCGUUAUUCGUCCUCAGAAUGUCAGCUGGGAAGUGGUUGCAUAUGAUGAUCCUAAAAUUCCACUCUUCAACACAGAUGUGGACAACCUAGAAGGGAAGCCACCACCAGUUUUUGCUUCUGAAGGCAAAUACAGAGCUCUGAAGAUGGAUUUCUCUCUUCCUCCUUCUACCUAUGCCACCAUGGCUAUUCGCGAAGUGCUAAAAAUGGAUACCAGCAUCAAGAAGCAGACCCAGCUGAAUACCACCUGGCUCCGCUGAGGCCUGUGCCUCAGACUAGAAAAUGCAGACAGGCGUUUGCUGGCUUCCUGUCCAUGUUUCCCUUAGCACAGACCCAUACGUGGAUUUUGGAUCUUUGUAGUAAAUGAUUAUUUGUAUUUUUUCAAGUUUUUAUUAGCUUUAUUUGCAAUAUUUGUACACAUAUAUAAAUCCUGAGGAUCCUUAUUCUAGUUCAGAGAAUAUAACUUGGUCAGAAUAUAUUUCAGGUGCUUAAAUCAGAGUAAAAUGUCAGCUUUACUGGCUUUCUAAUAAUUAAAAAGGACUUUGGUUUAAAGUAGCAGUUUUAGGUUUUGCUACAUUCUUGAAGGACAACAGGAAUUUUUAACACAUCCAUGAAUAGAGUACACAAUAAUGCAUUUUAAGAGAAAAUGCAACAAAACAUCUUAACUAAAAAUAAAUAAUUAGAGCACCCCCCCCCACCUAUGAAUAUAAAUAUAGUACUCAUGCUUAUUUAAACAAUGACAAAACAUUUAUGGAUUUAUAAACACAGAAGUGAUUGUUGUUAUCUAGCUUAUGUAUCAGGUUCAGGUAAGUGUUUGUAGAUUUUUUAGUUGCAAUAGCUUUUGCAUUUAUAUUGUUGUCUUGCAGGAGAGUUGCAUUGAAAGGGCCUUUUUUCUUGAUGUAAACAUGUGCAACUAUUUUGAUUAGUUAAGGUCUAACUUUUACUCUAGGUGCCUUUUAUGUUCAGAACUCUUUCCACUGGACUGGUAUUUGCCCCAAAAUAAAUGACAGCAGAGAAGAAAACUUGAAACUUGUACAAGGGCUCCUCCUAUCAGCAGCAUUAACUUUGUCACCAACAGCCUAGGUAUUUCCGUUUCUGGCAUUGCAUAAAACUUUUCUCUUGUGUGAGGAUCACUAUACCUUUCCAAGGGUCUGUGACAUAACUGUACCAAUUUUUAUUUUCUAUCAUUUCUAGAACCAAAUAUAAUAAAUAUUUUUAAAAACUUA